CCGGAUGUUCUUUCAUUUUAGCUGAGAAACGAAAAUGGGCAUGCUAAUUGUUAGCCUUGUGAAAGAGUGUGCAAUUAUACACCAUAAUUGUGUUUUCUGAUCUUGAAGGAGCUAGUUAAGCGUUCAACCAAAAACGUUAAGUAAGUAUCUACGGUAUUUCAAGUUAAAUUACUUUGAAUCAAGGUAUUAACUCAAGGAAACGUAGCUAAGGAAAGCAGUUGAAGUACUCAGACACAACACAGAAGUUGUUGGGAUCGUCCACCCCUAACACAGUGAUGACCUCACAGCAGCAUUACCUCCCCAAUGCAAAUGUCAACCCUCCCCUCCUCGUCCCCCAGAACUCAUUAGCUCACCCGGGUAGGCCUCACAUUCAUCCAAACCAGCUGGACUCUACUCAGAGUAGUGCUGCGGGGCACCCUGCCUCCCACACAGGUCUGAUGGGCGCUGUGGGGUCCUCGUCGGUGGGGACCUCCAGCGGAGUGGCAGUGAAUAGGGGCACGUUGGCCUCCUGCACUAACUCUGCCUCCUCAAGGAUGCCCUCGUCGGGACGCUUUGAACCCUGGCCCGAGGAAGCCGUAGACAAUGCUUACGGCUUGUACUCGCUGCACCGCAUGUUCGACAUAGUGGGAGCCCAGCUCACGCACCGCGACGUGCGAGUGCUCUCGUUCCUGUUCGUGGACGUUAUUGACGAGUAUGAGCGCGGUGGCAUCAGGAGUGGCCGGGACUUCCUGCUGGCUCUGGAGCGCCAGGGGCGAUGUGAUGAGACCAACUUCAGACACGUCCUGCAGCUGCUUCGCAUCAUCACACGGCACGACCUGCUGCCCUACGUCACACUCAGGAAGAGACAGACCGUGUGCCCAGACCCAGUGGAUAAGUACCUGGAAGAGACGUCGGUGCGUUAUGUGUCCCCCAGAAGAGGAGGAGAGAGCAGGGAGGCUGCACCCCACAGAAGGACAGGUCCCCAGCCAGUGAUCUGCUGUUCUCCAUCGGGGACCCAGGUGGGUCCUUCCCGCACCAAGCCAGGCCCCCCAUUACCCAGCCGCAAAAGAAAGAGGGCCUACGCCACAGGAGACUGCAGGGAAAAGCAAACCUGUGACAUCCGCCUACGAGUGCGCGCUGAGUACUGCCAGCAUGAAUCAGCGCUUCUGGGAAACAUUUUCUCCAACAAGCAGGAGGCUCUGGAGAGGCAGUUUGAGAGGUUCAACCAGGCAAACACUAUCCUCAAGUCCCGGGACUUGGGCUCCAUCAUCUGCGACAUCAAGUUCUCGGAGCUCACCUACCUAGAUGCUUUUUGGCGGGACUACAUCAACGGCUCCCUGCUGGAGGCCCUGAAGGGCGUCUUCAUCACAGACUCACUCAAACAGGCGGUGGGCCAUGAGGCCAUCAAACUCCUGGUCAAUGUGGAUGAGGAGGACUAUCAGGCUGGCCGCCGCAAGCUGCUCUGGAACCUGGUUACUGGAGUGGGGGCAGGGUCUGCAGCUGAAGCCGCAGCCGCACUUGGAGGGAGCAGAGAGACUCCAUCCUAGAAACGCAUGCGUCUGCUGCUUUUAGCAGAGGGGGAACCCGUGUCCCAAAUAAGAGAACUUGACUUCAUGGUGAGGACAGGAGCAAGAAAAGUGAAAGGCUGUUCUGUUUCAGGAAGAAGUGUGAGGGAGAAUGCUGGGUGCCCUGCCCUUUCAUCUAUGAAGGGAAUGUGAAAUAAAAAUGAGCCAAAGCAAGUGAGUCAUAGUAAGUGAGUCAGGAGAUGUGGAACACAGACCGAAGAGAAGUGCUUUGAAAGUUGAAGGGUUUUGUUCUUUCUGCUGGAGGAACAAUGCUAAUAUUUUCUAUUGUAACUUGUGAGUUGACUAUAAAAUCAGAUUUUACAUUUUCUUUUGGUAUCACACAUCUCUUUCCCAAAAAGUGUUAAUGAAAUGUCCUCUUGUAGACUAUUACUUCACAUGGCUAUAAACAGGCAAGUCACUGUUGGGACAUUUUGCAUUUCGUUUAUUGCCAGGCUAGGACAGAAUCCUUUUAAGCCAGAGACAUUACCAUCAUACAAUUAUUUGGUAGUAAAUAAGUCUUGAUUUUUCUCAAACUGCUGGUACCUUGUUGUCAAAUGAACAAAUAUUGUGAACCAAAUCAACAAGAAUGAUUCACAAUAUUUGUUCAUUUGACAACAAGGUACAAGCAUUUUGAGAAGGAAAAAAAUAUUAACCUUACUGAGAGGUGUCAGAAGUGCUUGAAAAUUGUUGCAACACAAACAUACAUUCAACAACAUAUAGAAUGCAGAUAUAUAUAUUAUUAUUUUUUAACGGGAAGUCAUGUUGAAGUCAUUUUGCUCCCUAAAUUCUGUAUCUGGGCAAUUCCACGGUAGCAGUAACGCUGAGACUCCGAUGUUUCACUUUAAGCUGUAUGCCAAACAAAACCUAUGAUUGCAAAGUUACACAAACCAUACAACUCUAUGCACAAUAACUUGUUUAAAAGAUUUCCACAGAACAUUGCAUAUGCAAAGUUUGGUAGCCGAAUGACAGCACAAACCGUCAUUCUAUUACCAAACUUUGCAUCGGCACUGUUCUGUGUUUUUGUAACAUUUUCAGUAGGAAUUGUAAAAAUAGGCAUAGAGUUGUAAGGUUUGAUUAACUUUGCAAUCAUUGGUUUUUGUUUAACGUACAUUUAAAAAGUCUCAGUAGCCAUGUUUCCAUCAACUUGUCAAGUGAAUUAUAUAUUUAUUUUCUGUUGACAUUUACAAAGUUUGCAUAGAAAAUUGUUGCGCCAAUUGACUGCUAUGGUGCGUUUCCAUUUAACUGUUGUGUGUUAUUAAAAAAACAGCUGGGCGUAAUGACGGCACUUUAAAAAAAACUGAAAGUGUUGAAUACAAAUGAAAUGGUUGAAGUGUUUCCAUUAUCCAUUUAGGCAAAUUGCGCGUGAAUAAAUUGGCGACAGCCUGUAUGCCCUCCCCACCUAUCUGUUUCAUGUCUCAGGUAGACCAAGUUACCUGGAUAUAAUGCAAUAGUUGACUGGUAUUUGCCGUAGUCUUUGAUAUAUUUAUAUAUUUUGGGGGGUACAUUUGACCCCUUUUUCAUAAUAUCCAAUUGGUAGUUAGUUUCGUACCAUCGUUGCAACUCCCGUACGAACUUGGGAGAGGCGACGGUCCAGAGCCCUGCGUCCCCUGAAACACAACCCUGCCAAGCCACACUGCUCGCUUAACCAGCCGCACCAGUGUGUUGGCGGAAACACAGUCCAGCUGGCGACCGCAGUCAGCGUGCAAGCGCCCGGCCCGCCACAAGGAGUCGCUAGAGCGCGAUGGGACAAGGAUAUCCCGCCGGCCUAACCUGGACGACGCUGGGCCAAUUGUGCGCCGCCUCAUGGGUCUCCCGGUCGCCUGCGACACAACCUGGGAUCGAACCCAGGUCUGUAGUAAUGCCUCUAGCGAUGCAGUGCUUUAGACCGCUGUGCCAAUCGGGAGGUCUUAUUUGCCAUAUUCUAAUCAUAAUCAUGUGCUAAUGUAUUGCCAUGGUCCGUGCCAUGGUGACUCCUGUAGAUCUGUAAUUGGAUGGUGAAAACUGCAUCCAGCCAACCAGAAAAGCAGGGCGAAGCAAUUCAGGGAAACAAUCGUUGUUCUGCAAAGAAACAUUUUUAUAAUUGAAAAAUAGAUUUAGCAAGCAGUAGGCAUUUACAAUGAAAUGUGGAGUGGAGCUUUUAUAGUUAGGUGAUCUCACAUGCCCGCAUACAUAAAAAAUUAUUUGGCAAUCAUCAUUUAUUUGAAAAAGUUUCCAUAAUUUGUCGCCAUAAAUUAAGUAAGUUGACAAAAGUCCACCCGUGUCGAACGGAUAAUAAUUAUCAUGUCUGCCGUUUCCAUAACAUGUUUCCAUAACAUUCUUUUGAUGUGACAUUGCUUGGUCAAUGGAAACCUGCCUCGCGUCACUUUUACCGUACUGUGGAAUUGCCCGUCUACCCUCCCGUAUAAAACAUUGUUAAAUUGUAUUUCACCCAUGGCUCAGAUUUCUUAUUGAUUUGUAUGUCAAUAUUUGCAUUUAAUUUGAAAAAUGCUACAUUUUUAUUCUUUAAGCAAUUGUUUUAUUAUCGUUAUAUUUGUGAGAGGUACAACCUCCCUGCCUCUUCUAAAUCCACAUGAAAUCAAUCCUCCGUUUUACUAUACUUUUUUUGAUGUCAAUGUAAAUUCUCAUGAAUAUUCGCCUCUAAUAGAGAAGCAGGUUGGCAUUUAUUGUCAUGAGUCUUUUCCCAGGAGGCAGCGAUUCUGCAGAGGUCACUAGCUGGCACAGCCACAAAUCUGAUUUUAAACCUAACCUUAACCACAUUGGUAACCCUAAUGCCUAACCUUAAAUUAAGCCCAAAAAGCAAAUAUUUGUUUCCAUAAAUUUUUUCAAUAUAGCCAAUUUUGACUUUGCUGUUUUGAAAUUGAAAAAAGACUCAUUUAGAUAAUAAAAUGCAUAAAACAAACUUUCAGAAAAAGAAAGACAAACGUUUUGAGUUUAUCAGUAUUGAUUCAAUACUAUCUUUGAUCUGCUUUCCAAGUCAUCUCAAAUUUUACUACAAUAGCUCAUUUUGUUUCAUGCAAUUGUGCAAGACCAAAAUCAUUUUCAGGACAUGUCUGCGUUAAGGAUUCUAUUAUGUUUGGCUGGCAUAGAUUCAUCUUUGUCCACAGUUCAAUAGCCUACAAUCAGACACAAUUUAGCAUGGUUAAGUGCUACCCCAGUUAAGAGCCUCCGAUACUUACUUUAGGAAAUGAACAUGAGCAAAGACUGCCAUUUGAAUAUUUAAUACAGUUCAGGUGGCUAUACCUCUGGCAUACCAUGUUGAAUACCUCAGUUUGAAUUCUUUCUGAUGAUGUGGUUUUCUAGGCACCAUUUUUUCUAUAGGUUGUAUGUUUGGCUUUCAUAGAUGCAGCAAGGUCAAAAGCAGUGAUGAGUGUGGGGAAGUGAAUGUGAUUGUUGCUGAUUAUUUUACACUUCAUACUUGUUUGCAUUGUAACACAAUGUUCUCAGUGUCAUAUAGGCUACAGCAGGUGUCUGCCUCUGUUAAACAGUGUAUACUGUGUACAUCUGUUACGUUGAACAGAUGUUCCCUAUCCAGAAGAUUCCUCCCACAUGAAAAGGUAGUAUAGUUAAUCUAGAGUGCAGUAUAUGUAAUAUUUGUAUUCCCCUCAUUUUUUAAAUUUGUUUGUAAAUGAAUGUUAUAGCCUACAAGAUGAGCAUUUGCACUUUUGCAAAGCAGCAAUUACAUUUUUUUAUGGAAGAUGAAGCCGCUUUCAAAAAUCACUCUUGAUUUUAACUGUAGUUAAUAAAAUGAUCAGUGACAUUCCCCUUUACAUGGUCAUUUAAUGAAAUAGCUAGUCCUAAUUGGUGCUAAAAUCUAAUCUUGGUACAUAAAAGGUUUUGUCUGGUAGUUUGAAGUAAGAAUGCCAGAAAUUAAAUUAGGAUUGUUUAGCAAUUUGACACAUGCCAUCUUUUAUUUUAGUAUCAGUUUUACUGCUACCUUUUAUUGCUUUUAAUAGGAGAAAAAACAUUUAAAAGGAAUUCUAACCCAAUUAUCUUUAGAUAGAUAGUUGUAUAAAAAAAGUCCCCUCUGCCAACUGAAGUUAUUGAGUUUGCCAUACCAACCCUUGGGCACAUGUCAGAAAAGGACACACCACACUUUAAAGCCACUGUUACGAUGGGAUAUGUUUUUCUAAUGGAAUAUAGCAAAGUUGCAAACUGGUAUCUAUUGUAAACAGUGUACAAAAAAUUAGGAACACCUUCCUUAUAUUGAGUUGCACCCCCUUUUGCCCUCAGAAGAGUCUCAAUUCGUCUGGCAUGGACUCUACAAGGUGUCGAAAGCAUUCCACAGGAAUACUGGCCCAUGUUGACCCCAAUGCUUCCCAGCUAAUUUGACACAACUGUGGAUGUCCUUUGGAUGGUGGACCAUUGUUGAUACACACAGAAAACUGUUGUGUGAAAAACCCAGCAGUGUUGCAGUUCUUGGCACCUACUGUCAUUAUUCAUUCAAAUGCACUUAAAUAUUUUGUCUUCCCCAUUCACGCUCUGAAUAUCACACAUACACAAUCUAUGUCUCAAUUAUUUCAAGGCUUAAAAAUCCUUCUUUACUCUCUCUUCCCCUUCAUCUACACUGAUUGAAGUGGAUUUAACAGGUGACAUCAAUACGGGAUCAUAGUUUUCACCGGUAUUCACCUGGUCAGUAUGUCAUGGAAGGAGCAGGUGUUCCUAAUUUUUUUGUGCACUCAGUAUAUAGGUUCUAUAUUAGUUUUUAAACAUCUGACUUAAGAUAGAUUGCAUGUCUGAUCAUGAUCCCCGGAAACUUGAGACAAGUUUUGUAACUUGUAGAUAAUUCAUUCAAUUAUAUUUAAUUUGCUUUGCAACUUUUUUAAUGCAUUUUUCUUGCGUAGUGCAAGCAAAUGGGACUGUUCAUAAAUUGGAGAGAUGUGUAUUGUCAAUACCAUACAGCUGAUGGGCACUUUAUUUUUUAACUGUUUAAAAUAUUUAGCUGUACCACACAAACAUUAGUCAAAUCCACCACUCAGAAAUCUAGGACAUAAAAGCAAAAAAUGCAUCACA